AUGCCCAAGACACGCCCACCCACGACGGGCUACGAGCAGCUCGCCCAGGCCGACCGCUUCAGCGACGAUUCAGAUGAUGAAUUUGCCAUUGCAGGGCCCUCAGCUGCCCUGAACCCUCCCGCCGGUGCCGUUCCUGGCGCUCCCCGACCAGCAGCCACCACCGCCACGCGACCCAAGUUUCGGCGUCGCGUAGGGAGCGCCGGCGGCGUCGACAUCAAGGCCAUCAAUGCCCGCUUUGAGCGCUGGGCCGACGAGAUUGCCUCCAAGUUUAAGCGCGGCCGCGGGAAGAGCUUCGCCGGCGACGAGGAACGCCUCGAGAUUCAACACUCCGUCUUCCGCGCCCCGGAUGGCAUCCGACCCAUCACGCCCGAAGGCCUUGCCGACACGCCCGAGGGGCCCAUUACAAAGGCCGAGUUCGACGCUCUUGUCGACAGCGUCAGACGUGCCAUUCGGCAAGAGAUUCACCCCAGUAUGAUCUCCCAGGGUAGCUCUGGUAGUUACUUUGCGCGCGACCCGGAUGGCAAGAUUGUCGGCGUCUUCAAGCCCAAAGACGAAGAGCCCUACGCGGCCGGAAACCCAAAAUGGAAUAAAUGGAUUCACCGAAAUCUAUUCCCCUGCUGUUUCGGCCGAGCAUGCCUCAUUCCUAACCUAUCAUACGUCAGCGAAGCCGCUGCCUACGUCCUCGACCGCCAAUUACGAACAAACCUGGUCCCGUAUACUGAUGUCGUCUGGCUCUCCUCCAAAUCAUUUCACUAUCCAUUCUGGGACCGUCGCAACUUUUACCGCAAGAAGAGGCCCUUUCCAGCCAAGCCCGGCAGCUUCCAGGUCUUCCUCAAGGGCUUCAAGGACGCCAACGUUUUUCUCCGCGAGAACCCCUGGCCCGACCAGUACUGGGCCGGCUUUCGCACAUCAGGCAAUAAAGACACGCGCAAUAGCAAGAACAAGAAGUGGUCUGACGCCUGCCGCCCAUCCACGUCGAGCCCGCCCGAGAAUGCAGACUCGGAUGACGACGAGACUGAAUCCCCAGGUGCGGGUGGCGAGCGCUCGCCGGCCCCAGAGCAGCCGGCUCCAUUUGCGUGGACCGAAGAUUUGAAACAAUCUUUUCGCGAGGAGCUCGAGAAGCUGGUCAUUCUCGACUACAUUAUGCGCAAUACAGAUCGCGGCCUCGACAACUGGAUGGUCAGGAUCGACCACGACUCCGGCGCCGUCUCCAUUGCCACAGAACCCAUGCAUCUCAAUAUGGAAGCCGAGCCCGAACCCGACGUAGACCGCACGCGGCCCGUCUACGCCAGCGAGAUGCCCGCCACGACCUCGACUGCCUCCUACCCAUACCAGCGACAGCGGCCCAUGCACGCGUCGUCCAAGCGGCCGGGCUCAGAAAAGAAAACGCAAAUGGUGCUCGGCGCCAUUGACAACUCGCUCUCCUGGCCGUGGAAGCACCCCGACGCCUGGCGCAGCUUCCCCUUUGGCUGGCUUUUCCUACCAGUGGACCUCAUCGGGCGGCCGUUUUCGCAAAAGACGCGCGAACACUUCCUCCCGCUGCUCACUUCGACGGCGUGGUGGAGCCAAACGCAGCUGGCGCUCAAGCGCGUCUUCCAGGUUGACGAGGACUUUCAGGAGCGCAUGUUUGCGAAACAAAUCGCCGUCAUGAAGGGCCAAGCCUGGAACGUCGUCGAAGCCCUCAAGACGCCUGAUCACGGCCCGCUUGAGCUCACCCGCCGCGCCAAGGUCUGCGUCUGGGACGACCUCGUCGACGUGCCCGUCGCCGUGCCCAUGCGCGUCGCGUCCUCGGAGAUGCGCCGGUCUGCCGCCGCCCUGGCCGGCAGCGGCGGCGCCUCGUUGGACCCAGACGAGGCCGACAUUGCGAGCUCCGCGCCUGCUGCUGCCGGUGCCGGCACGGCCUCGACUGCACCGAAUGCCGACUUGCUCGGCUUCGGUGGCGACCUCCCGAACCCAGGACGCUUCGAAAUCACCAGUCCCCGGCUGGACGCAUCAGAGGAAACACCCAACGGCUCCGUCGCCGCCUCCCACUCGAGCCUUGACCCACCGUCGUCCAGACCGUCUGGACCGAAUGGCUCAGCAUCCUCCUACCACGGCCCCCCGCGCUCCCUCAACACCUACGACCCGCCCCGCAACACCGACCAGAACCGCCGCUCCCAGCAACGCCACCAGCGCCGGUACUCAUUUGCCAGCACGCCCGCCGGCGGCGGUCGUCGCAGCAGCCACGCCAAUGUGCAAUUCUACAGCGGCGAUGACUACGGCAGCGGUAGCAGCAGCAGGCAUAGCUACGACUACGGCCGCGGCGGGCGAGACGACGACCUCCUCGAGGGGGACCUCGGUUACGCCGCGGCCGAGGGCCAGAUGGGCAACCAGCGCAAGGUCAUCGUGGAGCGCCUCGAGGCCGUCAAAAGCAGCAACCCCGUCUUUACAUGGUGUUGA